AUGGUUGAAAAGGAAGAUUUGGCUUUGAGUCUAGGCUUGAACUUCUUUCACAAACCUCACCCUCUCAAUCUCAUCUCUUCCUCAGUACGAGGAAUCGACGUCAAUCGCCUACCAUCAACCGUUGCCGAACACGAAGAAGAAGAAGAAGAAACAGGAGUUUCAUCUCCGAACAGCACUGUUUCAAGCGUCAGUGGAAAACGAAGCGAGAGAGAAGGAGGAAAUAUCAGUGACGACGAAGACGCUGAAACCGCUAGAAAAAAACUCAGACUCUCAAAAAACCAAUCAGCUAUUCUCGAAGAAACUUUCAAUCAACACAAUACCCUUAAUCCCAAGCAAAAGUUGGCACUUGCAAAGCAACUUGGCCUUCGUCCAAGACAAGUUGAAGUCUGGUUUCAAAAUAGAAGAGCUAGGACAAAGCUGAAGCAAACGGAGGUUGAUUGUGAGGUGUUGAAACGGUGUUGCGAAAAUCUAACGGAUGAAAAUAGAAGACUACAUAAGGAAGUUCAAGAGCUGAGAGCACUGAAACUUUCCCCUCAAUUUUAUAUGCAAAUGACUCCACCAACUACUCUUACUAUGUGCCCUUCUUGUGAGCGCGUGGCUGUUCCUUCUUCUGGUGUUGAUACCAUCGCUCAAGCCCAAGCCCAAGCCCAUCAUCGGGCUGUACAUAUGAGCCCGUGGGCUUCUGCUGCUGCUCCUGCGCGUAGGAUGUUUGAUGUUUUUCGUCAAUGA